GCCAAAAGUGUGACUACCUGGAAACGUACCAUCGACGGCAAUGGGUGGACUUAAAAAUGAAAGAAAAACUGAGAAAUUGCGCUCAUUGACCCCAAUCGCAUCCUUUAUUCUCUCUUCUUCAUAAUAUAUAUACAGGCGACCCAGGGCAGGAGCACCUAGUCCAACGCAUCCACCCAAUCGACUAUCGAAUCGCCCUCUGCAAGCGAAAAAACAGAAAACGGAAGAAGGACGACCGACGACGCGGAACGCCGACCGCCGUCUAGGUUCACCACCGCACCCCGCCUCCCGUCCGCUCAGAAGCUCAGUAGCUCAACCCACAUCUCCGUUGAGCCGCCUAGCGUGUCUGACCGUGUCGCUAGGCCGCUGAAGUGUUGAUUUGCUGAAGCAGGACGGGUCUUGAUAGUCUCCAGUCGAGAAUCGACCUACUAUAGUUUGAAGAAAAGUUUAAUCUUUCCAAAAUUUAACCUAUCAUCAUCAGAGAUACGGGAAACAGGGAAAGGAAGGAGAGGUGGGGAUAGGUAAAAUGGGGCUGUUUGAUUUGGAGAAGCACUUUGCCUUCUAUGGAGCAUACCACAGCAACCCGGUGAAUAUCUUCAUUCACAUGCUCUGCGUCUGGCCAAUUUUCUUCACCAGUCUUCUCCUCCUCUACUUCACUCCCCCAAUUCUCAACGCCUCUCCAGUUCAGGUUUGGGGUCAUACCGUCCUGGUGUUCAACUUUGGCUUCUUGCUGACCUUAAUUUAUGGCCUCUUCUAUGUGGGUUUGGACAUCAAGUCUGGCUCUCUCGGUGCUCUUAUUUGCUUUCUCUGCUGGAUCUCAAGCAGUCGCCUUGCUCUUCUACUUGGUUUCUCCUUAGCUUGGAAGGUAGUUCUUGCAGCUCAAUUGUUCUGUUGGACAGGACAGUUCAUAGGGCAUGGUGUGUUUGAGAAACGAGCUCCAGCUUUGCUGGACAAUCUCACACAAGCAUUCCUCAUGGCUCCUUUCUUUGUCCUGUUUGAGGCUCUUCAAACUUUCUUUGGCUAUGAACCUUAUCCAGGCUUUCAUGCCCGUGUUGAAGCUAAGAUAAAAGCUCUAAUUGAGGAAUGGAAAGAAAAACAAAAGCAGCACAAGAAAAUUUCUUGAAUGAAGAAUGAUGUAUUUUCUUGUUUAGAACUUUCCGUUUGCAUUACUGAAACUGGAUUGCAUACAUUACUUUCUGUAAACUCCUUUAUACUCCCUCUGUCCCUAAAUAAAUUUCUCAAUUUCUUUUUAUGAAUGUACAUAAAUAAUGUUUCAUUUCCAUAUUUGGUAAAUAAAUUUAUACUCUAAUAGUUUAUUUUACUAUUCAUAAAUAAUGAUAACACAAUGCUAAACAAUGUUAAA